UUUAGGGUUGAGUUUUAAAAACUAAGCUAAGUAAUGUCACACACAAUCGAUGUGAUUUUCCCAGUGACUGGUCUGUGAGAUCAAAACAUGACAUGAAAGUUUUUCUGAUAUCCCCCGUCUCUGCUAAGAACUGCAGAUACAAGGACUUAUAUGGAAGAGCCUUGAAAAUGAUAAAUAUGCAAGUUGAGGAAAAAUGUUUUACAAAAGCCCUCCGCACGACACUUGUUGUUUUGUUUAUUCUUCAGUUGCUGAGCACUGUAGAGAGACAAGUGUUUGAUUUCCUGGGAUAUAUGUGGGCACCAAUUAUUGGAAACUUCUUUCAAAUCAUUGUUGUGAUUCUGGGAAUAUUUGGAGCUUGCAAUUUUUACAGAUCAUUUAUUAUUGUGUAUGCUACUUGGAAUUUAUUGUGGCUUGGAUGGAAUAUAUUUGUCAUCUGUUUGUAUUUAGAAGUCGGAAUAUUGAACAGGAAUCGGGAGAGAUAUAUUUUAACCAUCGGAACAGAAAGUAAAAGCUGGUGGCUGGAGCAUGGGAUAGGUUGUGAAGUGACCAACUCCAGCUGGGAGGAGAGUGAUUAUGAAGAGGAGGCUGGCCGUAAGAUUCCCCCAGAGUCUUAUGUUGUUGGCUGUAUACUACAAUAUUACUAUGUGGAAGUCAUCCAUGCAGCUGUUCAGUGUUUGUUAUCACUCCUGGGAUUUGUAGCCUCAUUUGUUUGUGUCUACAUGUUCAUAGAGGAGGAUGACCCCAUGAGUUCAGCUAACGAUGAGUUAGAGUUUGUUAAGAUGCGCUACAGAACACCUACUCAUAUGUCAGCAUUUCGUGAUGACAAUGAAAACAUGGCGUUUGAUAACAUUAACCUGACAACAGAACUGUCACCACAUUCCUCCCCUGGCCCCAGGCAGCGGGGGGAGAGGGAGAUGCCCCCCAGCUACGACACCACAAUGAGAAACGCCACAGCCGCCGCCAAUAACUACUACGCCUCCGAGCGCCAGAGCGUGAGGAGCAAAGCCAGUACCAGGUCCAAGAGGUCGACACACCGCCAGACUAGCGGAGGUAACAGCGCCACCUACAGUGAGCCAGUCAGAGAUCUCCCAUGGGUACACAUAACACCCAUGUCAGAUAAUCAAAUGAUCCGCCAUUUUCCAUAAUUAACAGCAUUUUUCCUGAACAACUCUACACAGUGUGCCUGAUUCUUUUGACUCUCUAGAUAGAUUUUUGUAUUGUUUCCUUUGAUCAAAUCUGUAACAAAUCUGUAAUAUUUUUCAAAUGAUCAAGGUAUCAUGUCAAAAGAAUUUUUUCUUUUUUAAAAAAAUUUUGACAUAUUUAUUUUAAUACAGAUUUUUUUUCAGAAUCUAUGGUCUUGUUGGAAUACUCACGUAAAACAGCAGAAAUGUUUUUUUGUGUUCUUGAAACAUGAAUCUCCUUCACUAUGCUAAAUUUGUUUUCAGCUUGAAUGUUUGUUUUCUGUAAAACACAAACAGUUGUUUCUUCGCUCAGGAGAUUUUGUCUUCUAAAAUGUCCAUUUUUCAUAACACAACUAAAAACAAAAUGCAUGCUAAAUUAAGGAUAGUGACAAAUUAUUUGUACUUAAAUGUUGACUAAUCAAAAGUGUUGUAACAAAGUGUGAUAUACAGCAUUUUAAGGCCGUUUUCUUAAAGCUGGUAAAAAGCAUUUAAUUAUACAAUACGGCCAGUUUAAAAAAAAUGCUUAUCUUCGGAGUUUUAUUUCAGCUAGACUUGAAAAGCUGAUAAAAGGUGGAUUUUCUAAGUUUCUUAUUGACAGGCCCUAGCUGAAAUCUUUAGGUGUGUACUGAUCACAUUCCUUUAGUAAGUAGAACAGUCUCUACAUAGGUUCAAAAGUGUUUUUUUUUGUAGUACAUUCCCAUCUGGAGGUUGUGAAACAGCUUUAUAUUCUAUAUUUAAUCUACACUACACCUAUCAUUCCAUUUACAAUGUAUUACUUUGUUAAAACAUGGGGAGGGGGUGGGGGGUGGAGACACAGAUAUCAGAUGUAUUAAUUAUUGGACCUGUUGUUUUAAAAGGUGCAAUUAAUUUUGUUUCUUUUUUAUAACUUUUUUGAUACUCUUGAGACCCUUUUGUUCUUAUAAUGUUGGUUGUAAUGUAUCUUUUUUUUAGUUUCACUUAUAGCCAUUGUAGUGAUGUCAUAAUUUUGCCAUGUAUUAAAAUAGUGUAAAUUUAAAACCCAACAAAUCCUAAAGCAAAACAAACUUUACAGUAAAUAAAAUAAAAUCCUGUAUGCAUUUUCUAUUUAAGUUAAAUACUUUCUCAAUCUAUUAAAUGUUAAUCUUUUUUUUUGUUAGCUUUCCAUGUCAACUUUAUAAAUUAUAUCUCCUUUUUGUUAAACAAGUUUUCUAGAAUGUUUUUGUAAAUAAUGUUUGUGCUCAACCUUGAAGCCUUGUCUGUAAUUUAAAAGCAAAAACACUUGUGAUUUCUUUCAAAAUGGUACAUAUCAAUAAUAAUUUUAAACAUAUUUUCCAAAAUCAUGCAGCUUUUUAGUUAUCUUUCAAGAUUCCCAGAAAAAGUUCCCUUAGUUAAAUAAUGACACAACUGUAUUAGAUUUUUUUUGCUUCAGUUAUUUGGGCCACUUAGUUGAGAUAGUUAAGGUAGUAGGCUAACAAUUUGGUCCAAUCUUUGCAGAAAAUUUGAAAUCAUGUUUACAAUGCAAGAAAUCUUGAUGGCUUCAUUU